ACUCUAGGCACAGUUUUCAACCGUCAGCUGUUUUUGUGAAUUUACAAUUGGAAACUGUAAACAAUCCAUUAAAUAAUUAAUUAUGCCAAAUUCGAAUCAAGUUAGUUCACUUGGUGCAACGUCAGCCACAGGCGUUCAGGCAACAACAGUACAGAAUCUUACAGCAGCUGGUAUUGCUUCAAAUUUUCGGGAGAUAAUCAAAGACCAAAAGGGCUUAGACGAAGCAGCCAAUUAUUUAUAUCAAACGCUUUUGGAUGAUGCAGUGGCUGGUAUAUUCAUCGAAACACACCAUUUGCGUAAAACUGGAAACCUUUCGGCACUGGAUGGCGUUGGUGAAGACAAUGCAUCUGCUUAUCGAAUUGUCGAAACGCCCAAUUUGGAUAUUUUUGGAAUAUCAACAACAAAGAAAGCAAUCGACUGCACUUGUCCAAACUGUGAUAGAUUAGUAGCUGCGGCUAGAUUUGCACCACAUCUAGAGAAAUGCAUGGGAAUGGGACGCAUUUCACAUCGUAUUGCUAGCCGACGAUUAGCCACAAAGGAAGGCUCCAGUGCAGCAUCUUCGUAUUUACAGUCGGGUGGGGCUACAGGAGGCACAGACGACGAGGACGACGUGGACUGGUCGUCCGAUAAACGCAAAAAGAAAACAACACAAAACUCACGCAACAAUGGAUCCAAAAAGAACAACGGGAAGACAUUCUAGUUGCUCACAUAAGCCUGGAAUUUAUAAAUCUGUCUAUACUGGACUAACGUGCACGUAGUCAAUAACUAAUUCCGGGUGCGUCCACAACUCGUUUAUUGAAUCCUGG